AUGGUUACCAGCAGCUGUAGCUUCUUGGCCAUUGCCAUGGCCCUCACUAUCCUAAGCGGCAACAUGACCCACGCCGGUCGCCUCCUGGCCGACUCGACGGAGGCAGCAUCCCCCAAUGCAACCCCUGCCGCUGUCCCAGGCAUCCCUGCACCGAAGCCGCCCGUGCCCACCAUGCCUACUACACUCCCACCGGUACCAACAGUGCCUGCGGUCACCAUACCACAGGUUACGGUGCCGCCGAUGCCGGCUGUGCCAGCGAUCACUGUUCCCCAGUUCACAGUGCCCCCCAUGCCUGCUAUCCCCGCGAUCACCGUGUCCCAGGGCACAUUGCCACCGAUGCCGUCCGUGCCCGCGAUAACCGUGCCCCAGGUCACGUUGCCGCCCAUGCCAGCUGUUGUGGUGCCGAAGGUGACGCUGCCGCCGAUGCCAUUCAUCCCCAAGGUGACAUUGCCUCCGAUGCCUUCAAUUCCGACUAUGACCAUGCCGAUGCCAUUCCUUGCGCCACCUCCUUCUGCAUAA